CAGGAAGUAAACAACAGUCAGCGGAACGGACAACAAGACGGAGAAAGGACCAGCUCUCCAAAUGACGUCCCUGAUUUGCACUUUACAAGACCAUCGAGACGAUGUCAACUGGUGUGCCUUCUCCGGCAAACUGUUGGCCACGUGCUCAGGGGACAAAACGCUCAGGAUAUACAACACCCACGACUUCUCGGAGCUGCCUUUCUCGCCGCUGUCGGGGCAUGGCUACGGCGUCCACUGCUGCUGCUUCACCCCCUGCGGACAGUUCCUCGCCUCAUGCUCGACUGAUGCGACCACGCUGGUCUGGUCCAUGGACACGGGCGAGAUCGAGGCCGUCCUGGAACAUCCUGGUCGCAGUCCCGUGAGGAUCUGCGCGCUGUCUCCUGACUCUGCCCACCUGGUUUCUGGUGCAUCUGAUGGCACUUUGGCUCUGUGGGAUUUUGCCUCCAGACAGCUGCGCAAGACCGGAGCAGUGAGUGACACAACGAUGGUAGCCUGCUCCUUCAGCCCGUGCAGUCAGCUGUUCGUGACCGGCUCCACCUACGGAGACCUGCGCCUGUGGAAUCUGGACAUGAACCAGCUGCACGCGGAGAAAAACGCCCACGACCUGGGGGUCACCUGCUGCACCUUCGCUCCGACCAUCCUCAGUGGUGGUCAAGUUGUGCAGUUUCGCCUGGCGUCCUGCGGGCAAGACAGUCACCUGAAGAUCUGGGCCAUUAACAAGUUCAGCUCUGGAGCCUGUAAGAUGCAGCUCCUGCACACAUUAACGGGUCAGUCGGCUCCGGUGCUCUCCUGUGCGUACUCCUCAGACGGCCGGCUGCUUGUGUCCGGCUCUGUGGACAAAACUGUUACAGUCUACGACGCCGAAAAUGCAGUUUUGCUUUACACGCUGAACCAGCACGAGAGGUACGUGACGGCGUGUUCCUUCUCUCCGACUUCACCGCUGAUUGCUACAGGAUCUAUGGAUAAGACUGUAAACAUCUGGAGGCUGGAGGACGGAUGCAGUGGCCAUGGCGGGAAGUCGUUUGCCGAGAAGUCUGCUCUGACAUCAAGUGAUGGGAGAACCUCAGCGGGCCGGUCGAAGCUGCUGGUCAGCGAUUGGUCAGAGGAGGAUGUGUCAGCGUGGCUGGUGGAGGAAGGCCUCGGGGGACUGGUCGACGCGUUCACGGCCAACAACAUAGACGGGACAGAGCUGCUCAGCCUCACCAAGGAAACGCUGGCGUCAGAGCUGCACAUAGAGUCAGUUGGCCUGCGCAGUAAACUCCUGAGGAAGGUGGAGGAGCUGAAAAGUGAUUCAGUGUGUUCAGGCAUUCCCGAUGAGUUCCUGUGUCCAAUCACCAGAGAGCUGAUGAGGGAGCCGGUCAUUGCUGCUGAUGGAUAUUCAUAUGAAAGGGAGGCCAUCGAGAGCUGGAUCAACACUAAGAACCGCUCCAGCCCCAUGACCAACCUCCCCUUACUGACCACCCUGCUCACCCCUAACUUCACCCUGAAGAUGGCUAUCGGCCGCUGGAAGACCAGCCACUAGCAUCCGAAAUACCGCGGUGCCCUAAGUACUUUCCCUAAGGUAGAAGCUGGAGUUCAGUGCUCACAGGGAUGCCACAGCAUGUCAGGUACAGGUGUUUGUUCCAUUUGAAGCAUCUGCACACUGUGGGAGCUCUCAUUUGUAAAACUGCAUUUUUUUUUACCACUGGGGAGCAGAAAGGCAAAAUCAUAGCAACAGGUCUAAAUGUACUUUCAUCUUAUUUAGUUUUUAUAGCCAGUAUGUUCGUGAUUAAUUUUCUGUUUACACAUCAAGUUGAUCCCGUAGUGCUCCUUUUGAAAGUUUAAUGCGGCUAGAACCAAAAUUUUUAUAGCGACAAAACUUUAUAGUGAAUUUCAGGGAAUUUUUGUCGUCCAGUCCGCAACUGUACUGUUUUGGUUCACUCUCGCUGUUCACAUGGGGUCACUUUCAGCGGAAAAGCUGUAAAAACCUUCUGUACACUACCUGCUCAGCAACAAACGGCAGACUGACACAGUUGGUGAUGAGCUGGUGAACACAGUGGAGCAUUUUGCAGCUUAAGAGACAGACAUCGUCCGCAGGAGUUGGAGGAGACCAAAAACUGAGCUAAAAAGGGAGUGAGUAUUGGUCUUGAGUUCAUCAGGUGGCCACAACCACGACUCCAACGGAAUGAUAAUGUUGCUCCAUGUCUGCUGGAUGUGUAAAUAAGCAACUCUUUGCUAACAAGUUCACCAUAUCAAUGUAAAAUGUGUGUCAGUGCUGUGUUAACAAGCUGUUUCUGCUGCCUACAAGUGGGCAAAAAAAAAUAAAAACCCUUACUGCAGGUUUAAUGUUCACCAGCCUUUCAUCUAAUGCUCGGUCUGCCAGCUGCUCAGAAACACACCCGGGUCUGUUUACCUUGCUAAGUGUAAAUCAUUUGCCUUAGCUUUAGGUCAUUGUUCACAAAGCAGGUAGCGCACAAGUGGUUUCUUUCAGCAGAUAAUGGCCAGUUUCUUAGUCUGAGUAAAAAAAAGGUGACUUAUAAUAUUUUUUUUUUAAAAAUGAAAUGAAGUGCAGACAAAUAACAUGUUGAUUACUUCAUCAAGUUCACCAUUUCUGGUGAUCUAGCAACCCUCAUGAGACACAGGUUUGCUAAACCAUGUUUUUUUUUUUUUCUGGUCUUAAAAUGAGUUGCAUCUAUAAUACUUGUACCCAUUAGAUCCUUGUGAACAAAGCUAAACAAAGAAAACCUUUGAUUGGGAGGCCUUUAGUGUUGUGUGCAUUUUUUGUUGUUUAGCACUUUUUGACAAUUAGUAAUGUUGGUCAUGUUUGUGAAAACACUAUUUGCUUGUAAGCAUUAAAUAUAAUACAUACAGUACAUAUGCGAUUUAGAUUGUCUGAACAUUAUAGGACAUUUCUUAUUAAAAACCCAGUGAGAAUAGUGUUUGGCCAAAGUAGUUUAUGGGUUACAUCCCUGUUCAAGCUAACACCCAGCUAUUAAUUUUAUUUGUGUCAUUAAUAAAGACAUUUCUGGAUCAUUCAGUAAUUGCAAUGUCCACGUUUUUAUACAAGUACUUUAUUUUUAAGGCUUGGUUAAAUGUAAGUUUAUAUAAAUUUGGUUGCUCUGUGAAAGGAAAAGUUUUUAUCCAUUCAUACGCACUGCACAUCUUAGCCAACAUGUUAUGGAUUAUACUGUGAAAAAAGCAGAUGUAGAAAUGUAGUCCUCCAUUAAUAUUUUAUUAUACCACAAUAAUAAUGUGGUAACAUUCUGUAAUCCAUAGUAUGACUCUGAAAAGGGUAUAUGACAACUAUGGACAUAUAGCGAUGUAAGAAGUCUCUUAAGAUUUGUUAUCAUCCUCUGUUGCUUGUGUAAGUGCUUUCUCUGUGUCCAAAUAAACCAGUAAACACUU